UCCUUUAAUUUGGUUCUAAUUUCAUUACAAGAAGAAGAAGAAGAUGAGAUCAGGUGAAGAUCGUAACCAAUCCCAAUACACCACUAUUCCCAUCUCCCCGGCUGACGUCAUCUCAAGAUCCCUCCACAACCUCUCUGCCGCCGCCGCCCUCCGCCGUAUCUGGCCGGAAUUCCUCGGCGCCGGCGGUGGCGCCGUCGACCGCCCCCACUCCCUCUCUGACGCCCUCGACCGACUCCGCAAGAACUUCAGGCGGUUCCGCGUCAAUUACGCCUACAUCACGGCGGUCGGUGGCGCCGUCUCCCUCAUCGGCGCCCCCGUGGCGCUCUUGGCAGCGGUGGGCGUGGUGGCCUUGUGGCUGGUGCUGUACUUCUUUAGAGAAGAUCCUCUGGUAGUGUCGGGCUACCACAUAAGCGAUCGGGCACUGCUGCUCGGUCUCGUCCUCGUAACCAUCGCCACCGCUUGGUUCUCCAGCAUUGGCCGGAAUUUGGUGAUCGGUACUGGGGUCGGGGUGGCGGUCUGCGGCCUUCACGGGGUUUUGAUGAAUCCCGAGGGCUUCUAUCUCAAUGAGAAUGAAGCCACGUCGGCCAAUCUCAUCCAACCGAAUGCCGCAUCAUAAAUA